AUGAACUUUUUGACACUUUGCCUCCUGAUUCUCAUGCGGGUCUACUACGCCGUAAUCCGCUGGUUAAGGCACAUACCAAUCGCUAGCAAUGGCAUCCAGAACCCGCGCUUGAAAGCAUACAUAGGUAGUAUCUACCUGGGUGAAGUGAGACAGCGGAAUCUGCCGCCCUCACUUGGAUACGAUUACAAACCACUUUCUACUACGUUACAUCGAGAUAUGCGCCCGGGUUUGCUUCCCUAUUACUCCUCCGAUGUCCUUACCCAUGAACGAAACUUUGACCCAGAACUCAUGUCUACAGGACACGAGUCGUCAACAAUAUUGCUUUUCUAG